CAGGGCCGCAACAAUCCCUACCACCAGAUCCAUGUCCGCUCUCCUCUCACCUAGUCCCAGCAGGUAGGUGCUUUCCGGAAGGCGCUGGUCGCUGCGCGCCGAUGGCCGACGACCACCCCGCGCAAGCUGCUGCCGCGGUCGCGUGCGGACGGGACGGACGCGGCGGGGAUAGCGGAGGGCGGGGAAGGGGCGAGCACGCGGCGCGCGGGGGCGAAGGGGAGGAGGGAGGAUAGCGAGGGGGAGAGGCAAGGGAAGGGGCGGAGGCGAGGCGUGGCGAGGGACGAACGGUGCGACGGACGAGGAGAGCGUGGCGGCGUGGGCGUGCGCGCGGCUGGGCGAGCCGAAGCGGGCGCUGAUGAGGCGAGCGGUGCACGCAGUGGGGGGCGACGCCGUUGCGCAGAUGCUGGUGGAGGUGGACGCGGUGCAGCGCUGUGGAGGGCAGCUCACGGCGGAUGGCAAGAGGCGCCGCACUCCGGGCGGCGUGUUCUGGAACGUUUUGAGGGCGAGAGUCAGUGCUGACGUGUACAUCGAAAUCAUGGCGCAGGAGAGAGACGUGCAGAAGCGGCGGGACAGAGGGCAGGCGCGCAAGAAGAGGAGGAAGCAGCAGCAGCAGCAGGGGAAGGGCGUGAGUGGGUCCGGAUGUCUUGCCUCCUGUAGUGCUGCCAGUGCCAAUAAGGAAGGCAGUGCGUUGGACGAGCCGUGGUGUGAUGCCAGCCAUGGCAGUGAUGGCAGCGAUGGCAUGAGCCUCUCGGUGGACGGCUUGAGUGAUGCUGACCAUGAUGCUCUUGAUGAUGCUCAUGCUGCCACUGAUGCUGCUGAUGUGGCGCAGGAUGCGUGGACUGGGCGGCAUGCAAGAAAUGGCAUGUCUGCCCAUGUGGAUGGCAGGCUGCAGGUGGGGCACGGCGUGAGGGUGCGUGGAGGGGACAUGGUGGAUGGCAUGGCGGCGGUCAGAUCGGGGCAGGGGGUGGGCAGAGAGACGGGAAGGGGGGUGGGCAGAGGGAGCAGAAGAGGUGGAGGCGAUGGAAGGGGAGGAGGAGAGGCAGGAGGGGGUGGGGAUGCGGAGGAGAGCGGUGAAGAAGGGGAGAUGGACGGAGGACAGUGCGGCAGAGGCGAGGCAGGAGUAGGUGGUGUGGGCGAGGGGGCGAGUGGCAGUGGGGGGAGGGUGGCGGACAAGGGGAGGAGAGCGGCAGGUUGAGAGGCAGGGAGGGGGGCGAGGGGGUGGUGGAGGAGGCGGGGCAGCGGGGUGAGGGCAAGGGGACGGGCGGGCAUGUGGAUGUGGAGGAGAGGGUGCGGCUGGACGUGGCAGUGGCGUCGGGCGCUGUGAAGCAGGUGCACCACGCAUGGCGCUGCGCUGUCAUGGCAGGCGGG